ACGCCCCGUCCCCGCGCACAGCGCCCCCGGCGGCGGCCCAGCGGAGCCCGAGCGGGGCGGCGCACAGCGCGGGGCCGGGCCGGGCGGCUCCCGGCGCGACUUCCUGUUGUGCCCGCGCCCCGCCGCCGCCCGCGCCCCGCGCCCAUGGGUGUCACCUAGGUGGCAUGGCGGCUCAGUGCUGCUGCCGCAAGGCGACCGCCCGCCCGCCGCCCGAGCCGCCGCCCGCGCGCGACGUGGCCUCGGCCUCCAGCGCGCAGCUCUUCCGCCUCCGCCACCUGCGGCUCGGCCUGGAGCUGCGGCCCGCGGCGCGCCAGCUGGCCGGCUGCCUGGUGCUCGAGCUGUGCGCGCGCCGCCCCGCGCCCCCCGCGCUCGUGCUGGACGCGCACCCCGCGCUGCGCCUGCACUCGGCCGCCUUCCGCCGCGCGCCCGCCGCGCCCGCGCCCUGCGCCUUCGCCUUCGCCGCGCCCGGCCCGCCGCUGCCCGCGCUGCCCACCGCCGAGCCCGCCGCGCGCCCGCUGCCCUUCCGCCUCGACCCGUUCACCGACUACGGCUCCUCGCUCACCCUCACGCUGCCGCCCGAGCUUCAGGCGCACCAGCCCUUCCAGGUCAUCCUGCGCUACACUUCCACCGACGCGCCCGCAAUCUGGUGGCUGGACCCGGAGCUGACCUACGGCAACACCCAGCCAUUCGUCUUCACACAAGGCCACUCGGUGUGCAACCGCUCCUUCUUCCCCUGCUUCGACACGCCCGCUGUCAAGAGCACCUACUCAGCCGUCGUCAAGGCACCAUCGGGGGUGCAGGUGUUGAUGAGUGCCACACAGAGCAGCUAUGAGGAGGAGGAGGGCGUGUUCCGCUUCCACAUGGAGCACCCCGUGCCCGCCUACCUGGUGGCCCUGGUGGCAGGGGACCUGCAGCCAGCGGACAUCGGGCCCAGGAGCCGCGUGUGGGCUGAGCCAUGCCUCCUGCCCAUGGCCACCAGCAAACUAUCGGGCGCCGUGGAACAGUGGUUGAGUGCGGCCGAGCGGCUGUACGGGCCCUACCUGUGGGGCAGGUACGACAUCGUCUUUCUGCCCCCGUCCUUCCCCAUCGUGGCCAUGGAGAACCCCUGCCUCACCUUUGUCAUCUCCUCCAUCCUGGAGAGUGACGAGUUCCUGGUCAUCGACGUCAUCCACGAGGUGGCCCACAGCUGGUUCGGCAACGCUGUGACCAACGCCACGUGGGAGGAGAUGUGGCUGAGCGAGGGGCUGGCCACCUACGCCCAGCGCCGCAUCACCACGGAGACCUACGGUGCGGCCUUCACCUGCCUGGAGACAGCCUUCCGACUGGACGCACUGCACCGGCAGAUGAAGCUGCUGGGAGAGGACAGUCCGGUCAGCAAGCUGCAGGUCAAGCUGGAGCCAGGGGUGAACCCCAGCCACCUGAUGAACCUCUUCACCUAUGAGAAGGGCUAUUGCUUCGUCUACUACCUGUCCCAGCUCUGCGGGGAUGCCCAGCGCUUUGACGACUUUCUCCGCGCCUACGUGGACAAGUACAAGUUCACCAGCGUGGUGGCCCAGGACCUGCUGGACUCCUUCCUGAGCUUCUUCCCAGAGCUGAAGGAGCAGAGCGUGGACUGCAGGGCAGGGCUGGAGUUCGAGCGCUGGCUUAACGCCACGGGGCCGCCGCUGGCCGAGCCCGACCUGUCGCAGGGCUCCAGCCUGACGCGGCCGGUGGAGGCGCUGUUCCGGCUGUGGACGGCCGAGCCCCUGGAGCAGGCGGCAGCCUCGGCCAGCGCCUUCGAUAUCUCCAAGUGGAAGACCUUCCAGACGGCGCUCUUCCUCGACCGGCUGCUGGACGGCUCCCCGCUGCCGCAGGACGUGGUGACCAGCCUGUCACAGUGCUACUCGGCGCUGCUGGACUCCAUGAACGCGGAGAUCCGCGUCCGCUGGCUGCAGAUCGUGGUGCGCAACGACUACCAGCCGGACCUGCACCGCGUGCGCCGCUUCCUGGAGAGCCAGAUGUCCCGCAUGUACACCAUCCCACUGUACGAGGACCUCUGCACCGGGGCGCUCAAGCCCUUCGCGCUGGACGUCUUCUGCCAGACGCAGGGCCGGCUGCACCCCAGCCUGCGCCGCACCAUCCAGCAGAUCCUGGCCCAGGGCCUGGGCCCCACCGAGCCGCCCGCCGAGCUGGGCCCCGGACCCCCGGACCCCGCCGAGGACCCCGCCCAGCCUCCGCCUGCCCUGCUGCUAGGGGACGAGGCCCCGGGCGCGCUCGCUCUCAGGGACGUCAACGUGUCGGCCUAGCCCCCCGCCGCCACCGCCACCUCCGCCGCCGCGUGCCUUCCUCGGGCCGGGCCGUGCUGAACUCCGCCGCCCGGGACGCCCAGGGCCCACACUGUGCCUUACAGCCCGGCCCCCGGGACCCCGGGGAGGGCCCCAUGCCAGCCUCAGCCGCUCAGGGAACACGGCUCGGCUGGGCCGAGGGACGGUGUCCGCCGGCCCUCGCUGUGCCCACCACCCCAGGAGGGGACCCCUGGCCAUCAGGACUGGCCAGCCCGGGGCCCACGCGAUGGGUCACCGUGAUUGUCAUAUUAAAUCUUCACUCCACA